GUUAUUCGUCUGACUAUUCUCAACAUCAAGAUGGCCACGAUCGUGAAAGUACAGUAAGGAUUGUAUGAUUUUUGGCAUAUAUCGCCAGUUACGACGUUUGGAGCCGUUGUCAUUAAUAUUCAGUAUUUUCGGUUGAAUUUUAAAAAUGACAGCGGGUACAAGCUUAGUAGUACCUAUAGUUUUAUGGGGUCGAAUAGCACCAACUCAUUGCAUUUCCUGUAUCUAUUUGUCCCGAGAUCAAAAAACAUUAGUAACAGGAUGUUAUGAUGGUCAGAUAUGUUUGUGGCAAGUAGAUCCUGAAACAUUAAAGAUGACUCCAAGAUGUUUACUUGUUGGUCAUACUGCUCCAAUUAUGUGCCUGAGCCGAGCAAGUGUUAUUAUGGAACAAAAUUUUAUUGUCAGUAGCAGUGAAAGUGGAGAAAUGUGCACUUGGGAUUUAGUUGAUGGAAAAUGUAGGGAAGCUGUAAAACUCAGCAGUGUUCAUACACAGAUGUUGCCUUAUGUCUCCGCUGGUGGAGAAGAUGUUAGAUUGUUUUGUUCAGGAUACUAUCCUGAGGUUUUAGUAAUGGACCCUUUUAGUUUGGAGGUUUUAUUUACCCUAAGUUCACGUGUUCAUCCUGAUUGGAUCAGUGCUUUGCACGUUCUACGACCGGCCAAACGGAAAGGUCGGUUCUACGUGCAUACAAACGAUGUUGUGCUGGCCUUAACGACGACUGGUAUGGUCAAGGUGUGGACUCUUCUUGGGCAUGAGAAUCGUAAUAGUGAACCUUAUGAACAUGAAAGCAAACAAAUACGAUGUUUAAAUGCACUUGCUAUGACUUGUUGCCCAUAUAAUCAAAGAACUGUAUUAAUUGUGUGCUCUAAACAUUGGCAGAUAUAUGAUGCUGGUGACUUCUCUCUUCUUUGUUCAAUUACUGCACCUUGUGGUGAACGCUGGAUGUCUGGAGAUUUUUUAGCUGCAGAUAGAGUUAUUUUAUGGAGUGAUGAAGGUCAUGGCUAUCUCUAUAAAUUACCAGCUAAGGUUCUGGUACAUCUUGAAAGCAAGUUGAAGGGCAAGGCUCUUAGCAGUAGCGUUGCAGACAAUAAAAAUUUCCAUUCUGCGGGUGUUGAAUAUGAUCAACCUUAUCUCUAUUGUACUUUGAUGCAACCUGGAGAUAAACCUCUAUCAUCUCCAGCAAUGCGAUUAGUUACAGUUCAAAAACAAAGUAAAAUAUUAAAAUAUUUAUUACGUGGUGAUAGUGAAGGAAUUGUUCUUUGGACAGUUCCAGAAAUAACAACUCAACAAUUAACUCAAAUUUGUCAGAAUGAUCGUUCUACUCCACUUUCAUUACCACCAGCAGUAAAAACAAGUAUUACUAGAGCUUGGGAAGAAAUGAAACCAUCGCCAGUUGGAAUAUUAGAUCAAUUAGAUAGUGGAGAUGUACAUGGUAUAAAAUUAACAGCUAGUAUAUAUUUACCUCAACAAAGUCGUUUAGUUGUCGGUCGUGAAGAUGGCAGUAUUAUUAUUGUUCCUGCAACACAAACAGUCAUGCUUCAUUUACUUCAUGGCAAUCAUCAACAAUAUGAUGAUUGGCCUCCCCAUCAAGUACUUUUGGGUCACUCUGGCCGAGUGAAUUGCCUUUUAUAUCCACAUGGAGCAGCUCCACGUUAUGAUCGGACACAUCUUGUUUCUGGAUCUGUUGAUUUUGCCGUAUGUUUAUGGGACCUUUAUGCUGGUACACUUAUUCAUAGAUUUUGUGUUCAUGCAGGUGAAAUUACACAAUUAAUGGUACCACCUGAUAAUUGUAGUCCUAGAAUACAGAAGUGCGUUUGCAGUGUUGCAUCGGAUCAUAGUGUUACUUUAUUAUCAUUAGCAGAAAGAAAAUGUGUUGUUCUUGCUUCUCGGCACUUAUUUCCAGUUGUUACAAUAAAAUGGAGACCAUUGGAUGAUUUUAUGAUAGUCGGAUGUUCAGAUGGUGCUGUGUAUGUAUGGCAAAUGGAAACUGGUCAUUUAGAUCGCGUAUUACACGGUAUUAUUGCAGAAGAAGUGCUUUAUGCUUGUGAUGAAAAUACAAUGGCUGCAUCUGGGGGAUCAGCUACAGGUGGUGAAUUGGGAUUAGCUAAUCCUGCUGUACAUUUUUUUAGAGGUUUGAGACAUAGAAAUCUUUCUGCUAUACGACAUGCAACUCAAAGAGGAUUACAUCAGUUGCAGCAACUUCAUGGUGGACAAGGAGUUGACCAUGGAAACCUAAAGGCAAAAGGCACACCUUUAAUGAUUCAAGGAUUUAGAAGUAAUCCUAAAGAUCCAGAAAGUCAUAUUUUAUUUUUUGAUAUAGAGGCAUUAAUAGUACAAUUACUUAGUGAUGAAUAUGGAGCAAUGUCACCAGGUUCUUUAGAAGCACAAGGUCUCAUUUCUGCUUCUGAGUAUCAAAAAGUCGCAGCACUUACACAAUCUGCCAGUCCGGAUGCUCAUAAAAAAAUUGCAGACUUUUUCGGUCGCGUCAAGGAUAAGGCAGGCGACGUUGAACGAAUUUUAAAGGAGAAGGAUCGUCACGGUAUAUUGGCUAAAAUGAAGGAGGGCGCAGAGAACGUACAUACUAAGAUUCAGGCCAAGGUGGAAAGCGUUGGCCUCAAGCCGUCGACUCUUGACGGCAAAGGUGAUAAUUGGAAUAAUAAUGAUGCUAUGAAAAAUAAUUUGAAACGAAAUGGAGCUUUUAAUGAACCAAAUGCAACUAUGGAAGUAGCUCAGCUUAUAUUAAGUUUAUUGCAUGCCUGGGGGAUUGAUCCAGAUUUAGAUCGUGUUUGUGAAGGGAAAUUAGGUUUAUUAAGACCUAUGGUUCCUGUUUCAUUUGGAGUUUUAUCUAAAGGAGGUUACAUGUCAUUAUUAUUACCAACUUGGCAAACACAAUUGGAACCAAUUGGUGAACCUGCAACUCAAUUAGAACAACGUUUACCAGCAGAAUUAGUUAGACAGGAAAGACUUACAAGAGCAUUCACAGCAAGAGCGCAUUGGGAAUUGUCUACCACAUUAACUAGCAAUCAUUUAUUAGCAGUAGUAGCUUUAGCAAAUACUUUAAUGUCAAUGAAUAAUGCCACUUUUGUACCUGAACAAGAACGAAAUCGAAUAAUGCAUAGGCCUGGUAAUAGAUCUACAAUAAAUUGGAAUAAAGCAGAGGAGGAAAAUGAAGAAAUUUAUACAGCACAACAAGCACAGAUUAAACAAGGUUGGUCUCUUUUAGCAACAUUGCAUUGUGUACUUUUGCCCGAUAAAAUAGUUUCACAAGGUGGUAUUAAGACAUUUAAACGACCUCAAGUUGAAAUGAUGGCUCGCAGAUGGCAACAUCAAUGUCUUGAGAUCCGUGAAGCUGCUCAAGCUUUAUUACUUGCUGAAUUAGGAAGAAUGGGUCCAAAAGGAAGAAAAACUCUUGUAGAUAGUUGGUCACAAUAUUUACCAAUGUAUAGCACUCAAGAACCUAUUGCACCACAAUCACAAAAUCAAAGUCCACCAGUUCCUGGUAGCCCAAUUCCUCCAUCUGAAUCACAUACAGAAGAGGAAGAUGAAGAAGAAGAAUUAGCAGAAGCAGAAAUAAAUGUAGCUAGGAAGCCAUCGAGUGUGGCGGAAUUAAAACGAAAGCAAACCACGGCAGUUGUAUUAUUAGGUGUAAUCGGUGCAGAAUUUGGGCAAGAUGUUACUACCACGAAUCAAAAAAGAGAUAAUGAACAAAGGCGAAAAAGUUCAAUAGUAGAAGGUUUCGGAAUAGGAAAUAAUAAUCUUGCUAGGCAUACUAGUAUGGCGCUUACGCAUUUAUUACAUGCACCUCAUUCACCAAAAUUACCCUUACAUACAGCACUACGAAGAGCUGCAAUUGAUCUCAUUGGUAGAGGUUUUACAGUUUGGGAACCAUAUCUUGAUGUAUCAAAAGUAUUAUUGGGAUUAUUAGAAAUGUGUUGUGAUGCUGAUAAGUUAGUACCAAAUAUGACAUAUGGCCUUCCACUUACACCUCAAGCUGAUACAUGUCGUACAGCACGGCAUGCUUUAACUUUAAUAGCUACAGCUAGACCUGCAGCAUUUAUUACUACAAUGGCACGAGAAGUGGCUAGAUAUAACACUUUACAACAAAAUGCACAAACAUUAAAUGUAAAUAUGAGUGCAAGUGUUUUAGUAAGAGCAAAACCAGAAAUACUUAGAAUUGUUGAACAAUUAAUUGAUAAAAUGCAGAGUGAAAUGAGUGAUCUCUUAGUUGAGGUGAUGGAUAUUAUUUUACAUUGUUUGGAUCCAGGUCAUCUUAAAACUAAACCACUAAAUGAUGUAUUCCCAGCAGUAUGUAGAUUUAAUCAAGUAAGUCAUUGUCCAGCAACACGCAGAAUAGCAGUAGGCAGCCGCAAUGGUCAGCUUGCUUUAUACGAAUUACGAGGAAACGUUAAAUGUCAAACAGUACCUGCGCAUACAUCAUCUGUAACUGCGUUAGCAUUUUCGCCCGAAGGCAAGUUCCUGGUUAGUUAUUCUUGUACGGAAAAUAAGUUAUGUUUUUGGCAGCAAACAAGUAGUGGUAUGUUUGGCCUAGGAAAUUCUCAAACACGUUGUGUAAAAUCAUAUAGUACUGCACCCAUUAACGAUGUAGCACGAUUAAAUCCUAUGCGACUAGCUCGAUUGAUAUGGAUAAACAAUCGUACAGUUACAUUAAUGCUUGCUGAUGGGUCUGAAACACGCUUUAAUGUAUAACUUUAAAAAUGAUCCCUUUCAAUAAUGGGUGAAUAAAAAAUUGAACAUUAUAAAAUAAAAUGGGAUCAGUCUAUAGCAGAAAUAUGAAAUAACCAAAAGUGAUGUUAUGAAUGUUGGUGCGCUUAUUGGUACUUAAUAGUACUAGUGCUAAAAUAAUCAGAUAUGGAGCAUACUGAAAUGAAGUUCAUCAUUACACGAUGCAGGAUAUGGUUUAGCAAUUAUCGUCAAAUAUGGUAUGAAAAUUUUUUCUUUAAUCUAUAUACAAAUAUAUAAAUAUGUAUUUCUUUUUAUUCCAUCUACACAAUUUAAAUAUUUUAUUUUUUGAUCGCGUAUCAAUACGCUCCAUUUUGUGUUCUUGUUAAUGCCUAAAUUUUAACAAAAAAAUAUUCUUUUUAUCUAGUAAUUUAAUUGUACAUUAUUUGAUUGCUAAUUACGUAAUUAUAAUUCCAAAUUAUUUAAUUAUAUAAAAUUUCAUGAGUUUCAUUUCGAAAUAAAAUAAUAUAAUGAAACGCUUUCAUACCGAUAUAUAUAUAUAUCGUAAAAUUCGUUGACCAUUUCUAUAUGAAGAUUGUGUGCUGUACUAUAUAUUAUGCAAUAUUAUACUAUUAUGUAUGCUAUUCAAAGCCACGAUUACAUAUUCCUGAAACCCUGAUAUAAUAGAUAUAAUAUAACAUAAAAAAAUGUGGCUACCAUGUGGAACCUCGCGUUGAAAGUACAUAUACAUGUAUAUAUACAUAUUAAAAAAAAAAAAAGAAAAGAAAAAAUAAUGAAUUAUCGCCUGAAAAUUUGUAUA